CUCUACAAACUCCAUGAUCUAUUUUUUGCUUACUUUUAUAGCUGAGACAUUAAUUAUAUAAAUAGACUCAAUAGUCUGUUGGUGUAAUCAGCUGAUCAAUCACAAUAUAUGCUAAAUUAAUGAAGGUCAAAAGCAGUACAUUGUCACUGGUAAAUUCUAGUCUACAAAGGCAGGUGGUGUUCCUCUAGUAUAAGCCUAUUCCUGAUCCGAAAACAAUUGUUUUUAGUUUAUAAAUCAAUUAUUAAUAAACUCAUUAGCAUACUACAUACCUACGUAAAAUGAUAAAAUCAUUUUACUGAUGUAGGUUAGUAUUAUGAGUAAGUGAGGUCCAUUUCAUAAUUGCAGUUUAUAACUGGGAACACAACUGUGAAGAGGGAGUCUAUGAAAUUCCAUGUGAACUCUACAAUGCACAUGCGAGCUGUGCAGACUAAAGCAGCCCAAGAAAGAAAAAAACGGAAUGAACAAACAGAUCUUGAGAAGGGUUUUCAAAAAAUGGACAUGACUACAUCUGAAAAGAUGACAAAACUUUUCAAAACUGCUUACUAUAUUGCAAUCUUUGAAAGACCUUUUACUGACUUCCCAAAUUUAAUAGAUCUGCAGCAAUGUAAUGGCUUGUCACUUGGUGAUACCUACCAUACUGACAAGGCUGCAAAAGAUCUUAUAGAACACAUUGGUGGUGUGUAUUUUGAUGAGACCAAACAUCUUUUACAUGAUGCUGAUUAUUUUAGCAUAUUUUGUGAUGGAUCAACUGAUAGAUCUGAAACAGAAAAAGAAGUAAUUUUAAUAAAAUGCUUGGACAAUUACUAUCCAAAAAUGAGGUAUCUGAAGCUUGUUGAACCUGAAAAUACAAAAUCCCAAGGUAUAUUAGAAGCCAUUGACAGGGCAUUUUUAGAGUAUGAUUUAAAUGAUUACAAACAAAAAACUGUAGGCUUUUGCUCUGAUGGAGCAUCUGUUAUGAUGGGUUCCAAACGGGGUGUUAUUCAGUUGAUGAAAACACAGGGUAAUGCCAACUGGAUAAAAUCCGUAUGGUGUUUGGCCCACAGGUUAGAGUUGGCAAUCAAGGAUGCCUUUAAAGAUACAUACAUGGACAAUGUCAUAGAAAUGAUUGUGUCCAUGUAUUAUUUUUAUAAGGGGUCUGGUAUUCAGAUAUUGCAGAGUUACUUGGGGAACAUUUCAUGAAGCCUGAGAAAGCUAAUGGCACAAGAUGGGUUGACCAUAAACUUAGGGCUACAAGUAAAUUAAUUAAGAAUUGGCCUAUCAUAGUCACUCAGCUUGAAAAUUAUGCUGAGGACAGCUCAAAUAGAGAACAGGACAGAGCUAAGGUUAGGGGGUAUCUGAGGCAGCUUAAACAACACAAAAUGGUUUGGUACCUGGCAUUUGUAAAAGAUAUUUUGAAUGAAGUGUCAAAAAUUAGUUUACUUUUUCAGAGGGAAGAUCUUACUGUUUAUAGUGCCAUGACAAAACUCCAAAGUGCUGAAACCUCCUUAAGGGCUCUUAUUGACAAUGAUGGCCCAUCAGUUUCAGAAAUAAAUGACAAAAUUAUAGAUGGCCUUUUUCAUGGUUUUAAACUUCAAAACAUUAUUCCAAAUGAUGCAUUGGUCAGAGAUAGACACAGGAUAACUCAGUCUGUUCUUGAUUGUCUGAAUACAAGGCUUGAAAAUUUGUCAAGUGAUGAAGUCUUUUUAGCAUGCAAUGCAUUUGAUCAUAAAAAUUGGCCUCUUUCAACAGAAAGGGAGGCUCUUUUGCAGUAUGGAAUUGGAGAUAUCAGACAGAUAUUCAAUCAUUAUGAAUCUGUUCUGACAAAUUCCGGCUGUAACCUAGUCAAUGCACUGAGCCAGUGGUCCGACUUAAAAUUUUAUGUAAGUGGAAAUGCAAGGUACAGUACUUUGCACCCACUGCUUGUAUGGCAGUUGAUUAGCCAAAUGGAUAGGGAUAAAGGAGAUUACAAAGAUAUUCUUAAGGUCAUUCACUUGUCAAAUGUUCUACCUCUGGCCAAUGCAUCAUGUGAAAGGGCCUUUUCAACUAUGAAAAGGAUAAAAUCAGAUUGGAGGUGCAGGCUUGGGGCAGAAAUCAUGGACACACUGAUGAGAAUCAAAGUUGGAGAUAUUUCUCUAAAAGACUUUGACCCUAGGCCUGCAGUGAGAAGAUGGUGGUUGUCUGGGGAGAGGCAAAAAAGACCUAACACACUGCCAUAUGGACCCAGAAAUUGAACAUUUCUUUGUCUUUUGCAUUGACAGAGAGUUAGGUAUUUUUACCUCUCACAUUAAGCCAGUGUCAUCUCACAACAUAACAAUACCUGGUGAAUUUCAGUCAAUUUGUUUCUUUUAACUGCAAAUAUUUUAUUCACAUAAAUACCCAUUCAAUAAGCUUUAGCUACAUUUUCAUGACAAAAAAUGUCUUUACUACAAAUGAUAGAAAGUAGCUGUUAUGUGUUUAGAACUUUGUCACUGUUAAUUGCAAUUAAGAACCGACAUAAUUACUUAUUAAUUAGUGUGUGCAACAAAACCUUAGCUUGGUGGCUCUGAACUGUUUAGAAAGUAAUAAUCAUGGAAGAUGCCAGCUGUAUAUAUGCAUACAAUAUACACAGACAUAAUAAAUGUAAUGAUAUGCCUUAAUUGUUUGAAUUGUUCAUGUUUCAUUACAGAGUGUUUAAGUUCUGCAGUUUAAUAUCAUUUGUCAUACUAUAAUUUUAUUAUGUUCAAAGUUUAAUAUAUUGUCAAUUAUAGUAAUAAAGAUAUAAAAUAUUUGAAAUGCCAGUUGACUUCCUCAUUUUGCCAGUUAAACAUUUUGCUACUUGCAAAAAUUUGCAAGUAGAAAAUAUUGCUAAAUUCGAACCCUGUAAAGCUUACACAUAUUUUGUUGUUGUAAACACAGUUGUCUUAUUAGAACAUUUUAUGCAUUAAAAGUCAAUUUUAACAAAUGUUCAAUGUUAAUUUUAUUAUUACAGUUGUUUAGGCAGUAGCGGAUUUUAGGGUAUAGCGGAUAACAUGGCAGUAACAAUGCUCCUUUCCAUCAAAUAUGCCUUUUUCAAAAUAUACAAAUAUACCAUCAAAAAGAGAGAUAAAUUUGCCAUCCGUGGCUUAUUUUGUUUUAUUUAUUUCAAAUUGCACAGCGAGUUUUUCUUACAUAAAUCAGAACGAGGUAACCAGAUGUUGUCACCAUCAGACUGUUUAUAAGCGCUUCCACAAGAAAUAAACAGAACACUAUUGAUCAACACCAAGUAAAGUAAUGAAAUAUUGACAUGAUUUGGUGUAAAAAUCAUUUGUUUAUAAUUUUGCAAAAGCUUUUACAGAUAUAACGCCUACUGACACUAAAAAUUAUUGAAAAUGAAUAGCAAGUGCUUCUGUCAGUAACGGAUUUUACAUUUAGGGGUGGUCUCAAAAUUUAUUUUAUGUGUCAAAACGCGGAUGCCAGGCAGCAACUAACCCCACAUUAGAUGAACUAACCCCCCUAAGUUGAUGUGCCGCAACAACUAACCCCCCCUUAGAUGAACUAAAUCUCAGGAAUUGAUUUUUAAGUGUAUUCCAGGUUUAAUAAUUAUUCCAUCUUCAAAUAAUACACUGUUUUGAUAUAAUUAUAGAUUUUUUAAAGAAAUAACUAUGGUAAACUAUAGCUAUGUUCAAACUAUUACAUGUCACAGUUGCAUCAUAAGUUGUUGACCAGAUAUUUAUUUAUAUAUUUAUUUACUUGUAGAAAAAUUUGAAAGAUGUCAAAUGUAACAUUUUUCAUUCCAAAACAUGUUUCUGUGACAUGUACUUUGUAAAUACUAAAUUUAGAACGUUUUGAGACUCGCCCUCAUUGACCUUCACCUACCUAUCCCAUACUCCCCAAAGCUAUCCGCUACUACCUGAACUAUAUGCCGAACAUAAACAAAGAGUACUACAUGUAAUGUCAAAGAUACUGCAUCAAUUUGAUUUUCUGAAUAUUAUUAUUAAAGACAUAAGCAGCGUCGAUCUCCUUAGCUAUCCGCUACUGCCUAAACAACUGUAUAUAAAGGAGAAAAUGUAAUAUGAAACUAGGUAAAGCCUAUGAACGGGGAAGUCUGUAAAAACCCUUUAAUUUUUCCGUUUUAAAUGUGUCAGACUCCUUCGGUAUUAUAUGUAUCCGCUUCCGUUUUCCGUUAGGUCCUAAAAAUAUGUUAACCUUGUAUAAGCUCUGUUUAGAUCUAUAUAAUAAUUUUCUAUUCCACACAUCUGUUCCAUGUUAUAUGAUAAUGAUUCUGACUUGUGUGAAUAAUUAUAAGUUUAAAUGAUGAAAAUUUGACUAUUUAAUAAUUUAGUAUUAUCAUAUUCAUUUUAGUAAACCACAAAUUUUUGCCAUGUUGACCAAUGCCUACUGUAGUACAGUUGAAUCCAGGAGCAUACAUUAUUCUUACAUGUACAUUGUAAAAUAUGUGACCCCUAUCAAAUAGCUUUUCUAUGUUGAAUUUAGUUGUUUUGGGUCACGUCUUGAGAAAUGUUAAUAUGUAUUAUACAAAAAAGAUAAGUUUCACU